AUGGCUAGGGGACGCAAGCUGCCCCUACUAGCACUGCUAUUCUUAUCCGCCAUUAGUUGGGUUACUGCCCUAAGCCAAGUGGACAACUUUUGUCGCAGGUUUGGACAUCAGACGGUGGUUAUCGAUGACAAGCUGUACAUUGACGGCGGCUGGGUGAACUACAACGACUUUCGAGCUCACAAAAAUUAUUCCAAAAAUACUGACUCUCAACCUGGCAGUAUCCCCACGGUAAGCGGAGGGGCUCUAUGGGGUGAUAAUGUCAAUAAGAAAUUCUAUCUAUAUGGCGGCGAAUGGAAUACGGGAUAUCCUAGCGAUCCUUACCGUCUUUUAAGCUACGACAUUCUAUACGACAGGUGGGAGAAGGUUGACACGGGCGAGAUCAACGCACAGAUUGCUUCGUAUGGCGCUGGAGUCGGGGUAUCCCAGACCGGUAUGGGGUACUACUAUGGAGGAUGGAUAAGUAAUGCCUCGAUGAGUGGAUGGAGUCAACCGCGAACAAUGAGCUCAAACUUCUACCAGUACGAGUACGAUACGAAGAGCUUUACCGCGAAAAAUAGCCCAGAAGACAACGAGGCAAGAGCAGAAGGUGCCAUGGUUUGGAUCCCAGCGGGCGAUGCCCAGGGCCUGCUGGUAUAUAUGGGAGGCGUUGUCAGUAAUUCAAGCAACGGAACGGUGGACCCCCAGCCACUUGACAAGAUCUUCGUGUUCGACGCCACGAGCAACAUGUGGUCGACUCAGAUGGCAACCGGCGAGAUACCGCAAAAUAGACGCCAGUUUUGCAUGGACGUGGCCUGGGCCCCCGACAAGUCAAGUUUUAACAUUUACCUCUGGGGAGGCCUGAGCGUACCGCCCCCGGUCGUCAAUGUCACCUCAUUCAAUGAUGUAUACAUCUUGACACUCCCAUCAUUCGUCUGGAUCAAGGCGGAUCCGAAGAAUCCUGGGAAUGGCACACGGCCAGAUGGCCACUACAGCGUUUCCUGCAACAUGGUCAAGUCAAUGUCCCAGAUGCUCAUAAUUGGCGGCAUCUACACGAACCCCAAUGCCUGCGAUCUUGCCGACACAGCGUGGGCGCAACACAACUUUUGGACGGGGACACGCUAUAAUGAAGGAGAUUACAAGGACUACUGGGGGCUGUUCGAACCAAAUCGUACCAGCAAUGUCGUACCUAGCGACGUUUACAAGGCCGUCGGUGGGAACAGGUACGGCAGCGCAACGCAGACGAGCCCCAAGGGAGGAUAUGACCCUACCAACACGGCUCUUCGGGACUUGAUGGGAAGGAGAGCAGCGACGUCGACGCGUGCUCCAACUCGCACACCCACGCCACCACCCGUCCCCGGACCGGGUCUGUCUGGCGGUGCCAUCGCCGGCAUCGUUAUUGGCAGUGUUGCAGGGGUGGCCCUUCUGCUGUUUGUGUGGUUCCUUAUAGGCAGGAGGGUUGUUCGCCGCCGAGAAGAACGGCGGCAAAGUGUAGCGACCCAGGAUGCAAGACUGCACAGCGUGAGGAGUACGGCAGCGCCACCGAGUAUGGCCACGUCCAUAGAGCCCUCUAGCUACGUGGCAUCUCGAUGGUCCCGUCCAGAAAGUCCGCAAGAGCCGUCUGAGCUUCCCUCACAGCAAGACGGCCGUCCGCGUGAUGUGUUGGGCUCUGUAAGCGAGCUACCACCGACGCGAGGAGGGGAUGGUAUCAAGCCUUGA